CCCCCGGAGCGAACAGCCUGGGCUGCUGCUGCUCCAGCUACAGCUCCGGCUGGGGCUCCCGGGGGCUGUUUGGGGACAACUGAAACCUGCAGCCGGGCUGGGCCAGCUCGUGACACCGGCUCAUGGAGCUCAGCCCAGGGGCAGUUUAACUGCGGUGCAGAUAUUUGGGCUCUUGCUGGAGCCUGGGCUUUAGGACCCUGCUCUGUGUAGCUCAAGAACAAAUAAAGUUGGUCCAAUAAGAGAUGUUACCUCCCCUACCUUGUCUCUAAUAUCCUGGGACCAACACGGCUACAACAGUGUAAACCUAAUUCCUGCCCAAUAAAGGGGGCAAGCCCAGGGAGGGAGCGACUGGGGAGUGAACCACCCCUGUACUCACCCCACAAUGCCACUCCAGUGCCCCACUCUCACCCUGCAAUAGUGGCUGCAGCAGGGUCCAGUGGGACUGGCUGCGCAUUGCAUCCUGCCUGGAGGGGUUGCAGUGCUGCCCACGUUUGAUCUGCCCAACCCUCCAGCACAGUGACAGAGGGUCAGGUGUGCUGGCUAAAUGUAGGUGGGGCUGUGAUCUGGUGGUCUGGGUUGCAGCAGCACUCACUGAAGUUUGGCCGACUUGCCCCAUCAUGACAGAGGAUCAGUGGUGCAACUCCUUGUGCCAGUAUACAACACCCACAGCAGGUGGCCCAGCUGCCGGAGCCACCACUGUGGGGUGAGUCACAGACACAAAAAACACCGUCCCUUACUUUUUUUACACUGCAACAAACUUGCACCAACAGUAAUGGUACAAACUUUCAAACCUCCCUGGGCCCUCCCAGUUCUUCUAUCAGUGUGUAAACUUUGCCAUGCUGAGUUGGGUUGUUUGUCCUUUCAGAUGUCGGUGACGUUUGAGGAUGUGGUCGUGUAUUUCUCCCCAGCGGAGUGGGCACUGCUGGGCGAGGAGCAAAGGCAACUUUACAAACACGUCAUGUGGGAAAAUUACCAGACUCUGGUCUCGUUAGAAAUACAAACCCCCAAGCCAGUGGUGAUCUCCAGCAUAGAGCGAGGGGAAGAUCUGUGUGUCCAGUGUCUCACAAAAGAUGAAGAUGAAGACAUCCUGAGAGACACCCUCCCAGGGUUUCCAGAUGCAGAAGAGACCUGGGACUGGCCAGCAAUUGAAAGCUUCUUCCUCACACAAAGCUCUUUCCCUGGAGCAGCAGGGGCGAGGAACCUGAGCAGGGCUGAGGGGCAGACUCCUGAGGAAGGGCCUGGUAACCUGGAGCCACUCAGGCCUUUCCCAGGGACAUCAGGGAAGAAACAUUCCAAGAAAUCUGAGCGGGGAAGACAGCACAAGAGGCAGAGGAGGCCACAAAGGCAGAGAAAAAAUCUGACCAGAAAGGAGCCAGCAACCUCAAGAGGCCAUCAGAGGAGAUCCAGGCCAUCUCUAAAGCCUCCUGCAGAGGGAAUGGCUCAGCCCAGAAAGAGCCUAUAUACCUGCCGUGUGUGCAGAGAAGAAUUCAAGGUGCAGAGAGACCUGAUAGGCCACCACUGGAUGGUUCAUAGGAAACAGGAACUGUAUCACUGUAGCGAGUGUGGGGAGAGCUUUAGGAGAAAGAAGGAGUUCAGAGCACAUGGGAAAGCUCACAGAAAGAAGAGAGACCAUCCCUGUAUUGAAUGUGGGAAGAUAUUCCACAAGUUAUCACAUCUUAUUGCCCACCAGAGAAUACAUACGGGAGAGAGACCCUAUCACUGUCCUGAGUGCGGAAAAAGAUUCCUCCAUAUAUCAGCGCUUAACAUGCACAAGAGAGUUCACUCAGGAGAGAGACCCUUUGCCUGCACUGAGUGUGGAAAGCGAUUUAUGAAUUCAUCAACAUUGUGUAGUCAUCAGGCAAUCCACUCAGAAAAGAGACCCCAUUGCUGUAACCAAUGUGGGAAAGGCUUCAAAGUUGCAUCAAGACUUACUAGACACCUGAAAAUCCACAGUGAAGAGAGACGCUUCUUGUGCCACGAGUGUGGGAAAAAUUUUUGCCUACGAGAACAUCUCAUUAGACAUCAGAGGAUCCACACUGGGGAGCAGCCCUAUUGCUGUGCUGAGUGUGGGAGAAAAUUCAGUCUCCUUCAAAGUCUCAGGAGACACCAGGAAAUCCAUAAUACAGAGAGACUCCAUCCCUGUGCUGAGUGUGGGAAAAUAUUCCGUCAUCCAGAAAAUCUCUCUAGACACAAGAGAGUCCACACUGGGAAACUCCAUCGCUGCACUGACUGUGGAAAAGGCUUUGUCUAUAUACAUCAUUUCAAGAGCCAUCAGAGAAUCCACACUGGAGAGAAACCCUAUUGCUGCACUGAGUGUGGGAGAAGUUUCACCCAAUCGUCAGGCCUCACCAACCACCAGAGAAUCCAUUCAGGAGAGCGACCCUAUCCCUGCACUCAGUGUGGGAAGUGCUUUGCUCACUCAUCAUCUCUCACUGAACAUCUGAAAACCCAUUCAGGAGAGCGACCAUAUUCCUGCAUUCAGUGUGGGAAGCACUUUGCUCGUUCAUCAUCUCUUACUCAGCAUCAGAGAACCCACCCAGGAGAGCAACCAUAUUCCUGCGCUCAGUGUGGGAAGCGCUUUGCUCGCUUAUCACGUCUUACUAAACACCAGAGCAGCCACUUUUCUUGAUGGAGGGAACCUCUUAAUUCUGUCACUUCACCCUGUUCUCAAAGUCUGUAAAAGAGGGAGAACUUGCUCCCACUCUGAAAUGUUCCCACCUCUUCACUAAGCAGACAUGAGUUUAGGUGCUGGGUUUGUUAAAAUAAUUUGUGUGCUCCUUGAGAUGGGAGCAUUUAACCCUAGAGGUACCAAAACAUUCCAUUGUGGGCAUUAUGGGCUGCAGCUAAGAGAGAGAUGACUGGAGCCAAGACUGCACUUUGGAGGUUCUGGUUUCUCCCAAGCUGUUUGUUCACCGCAGCUCCCGUCCUCUCUGGCUCCACAAAUUGAAUUAUUUAUUUUAUUUUUUCUGUUUGGAAAAAGGAAUAAUGGGUAAAGAUUCUGACAGAGACUGAAAAGGAGCUUUCGUCUCUGGAGUUAAUGAAAGGCUGUGACAUCCCCUGUGUGCCCCUCAUAGUACUGAAUCAAAAGGAAGGUUGUUUUUGAUUUGGCUUUGAGAGAAAAUGAUGAAGAAAGCUGUCCUGAUAGUUGGUUUCAUGCAUAAUGCACCCAGGGCCCUGUCUUCACACCUAAUUGCCAGGCAAGCAGUACCUUGGAAGGUUGAAGCAAGGACUGGAAGGUUGGAGACUGGAGUUUCCGGAUCAACAAACAGCAUGCCGUUUGGUUAUAGAUUGCCUUCUUUAUCAUCUUGAUUGUACAUGCAAAUACUUGACAUCUAUGGAUGCUGCUGUCAUGAUUAGCGUGACUACAUCACUUACCCAUCAUCUAAAUCAUUGUGCCAUCAGAAGUCAUACACCAGAAAAAAGGCAAGGGCAGGGAUGAGAGAUGUCAGUUACUUCCUUGUUAUAAUGGCUUUUUUUAAAUAAUUCAAAUUUGUGUUCCUGGAUGAGUUAGUGGCACUUUACUGCCACCUAGGGCUUGUCUACACUAGAACUUAUCACUUAACAGAACACUCAUCCACAUCCCUGAGAGAUGUAAAAUAUACUGUCCUAAGCACUGGUGUAAACUGGGUUAUGUUGAUGGGAGAGCUUCCCUGCCAACAUAGCUACCAUUUCUCCUAGAGGUGGAGGUGUUAUGCUGACAGACAAGCUCUCUCCCAUUGGGUUGGAGCAUCUUGUAUGCUAGCUUGGUGUCUUGAACACUAGCAGGAGCCGUAGCACUUCUAGUGUACAUUAGCCCUAACACUUAGGGCUUGGCUACACUACCCGCUGGAUCGGGUCACUCCCCAGCCCAGGGUGGCAGUUCACUGUUGUCCUUCCCAUGGGGGUGGAUAGGGGAGGGUGUGUGGAGGAGACACGGUAACACUAGAGUCAAUUCUCCAGUCUCUUCUUUGUAGCUCUGAUCUCCAUUCUGAAUAAGGAGAAGUCACUCCUCCCUGCGACGGCUGCUGUGGGCCCUGAGCAGGCUCAGUAAGAAUUUGGGAUUUCUUCCGAAAAAAGAAAAAAAAAAGUUUCCCUGGCCACUGGCAAAGAGCCAAGUGUGUGUGGCUGUGUCUCUGCAGAAUCACAGCUCGGGGGUAAAGGACAACAGGGAGCAUGUGCGAGAUGGGCAACUAUUGAGCAUGUGCAGUAAACGGUGACAAACAAGUCAGUUAAGCAGCUGGUUGGUCGGAAGCCACUCGUCCUUGUCACAAUUUGUUUUGAAGGUCAGAGCUGUCAGUCUGAAUUCUGGGGUAGUGGUCAAGACAGAGCAUGCACAAGUGAGGGAACUGUUUCUAAGAAUAGGAAGUUAUAUAAAGAAAGAGGUAAAAUGUAGCAUAACCAUAAAGGCCAGUUGCCAGCAAUACUUUCAAAAUCUGGAGGCUAGGUCUGAAAAGGAGAGAGGCGUGCAGGAAGAGCCGGGAAGCCAGCAAGAGUAGCCAAAGAAGAACUGUGGCAGAGAGAGAAAAGAAAGCUGGAGUAGGGCUGAGCAGAUUGAGCAGGAAUUGAGCAGCAGCCACAGCAGUGAUUUGACUUUUAAAAGCAAACAGCAACAGAUUUAUAGCGUAAGCUUAAUAUUCUUUGAAUUAUGGUUUAGUGUAUAGGAUAGUAUGUAGGGUUAGUAUGUGUAUGCUUUAAGUGUGUGUGUGUUUUAAUUAUACGUGCACCUGCAGCUAGUGGGGAGGGAGGCUCAAGGGGCACCACCCUAAGGGGGCCAUGUGACCUCCCCACGUGACCCCCUCCCUGCCUCACCCCUAGCCUGGGGGUCAGGAUCUCCCCACGUGACUCCUCCCAGCCCCAUCCCUAGCCCAGGACCCCCACACUUUCCCCAUCCUGCCCUUCUCCCCCCAACCCAACCCACCUUAUCCCAAGUCUGACCCCUGAGCUCUGCACUGGGCCAGGCUGUGCGGCCACAGAGCUGUGUGCUGUUGCCAGUCCCACCCCCAGAGCUCAGGCCAGGGGCCGGGCAGUGCAGCCAUAGUAUGUUCCAGCCGGCCUCAGGCUCUGGGAGAGGGCUGGCAGUGCAGCCACAUGGCUGUGUGCUCUGGCCGUCCCAGUCCCAGGCAGUGGGUCGGGGGCAGCAUGUGGCCCUCGGUGCAACCCCCCCCCAUGCAGCGCCAGUGUAUAGAUAUAUAAACUUUAAAGUAAUUUAAAAUCCGUUGUCAGUGAUUUGUUGCAAACUGGCUACUUGCAAUGAGUUGCUUUGCUUGGAAUCGUUUGAACUAUAUGCUAUUGUAGUUGAAGUGCUCUUUAAUUUGCAAGUGGGAUUUGUGUCUCGGGGAUUUUGUGUGUUCGGAGUUUUAGGAUACACUUUAUUAGGGAUUAUUUAUAUUCAUUAAUUCAUAUUAGUUAUAUUAAUCAGGUACUUUGUUUUGGAAAGAAUACAGUACUGCCUGUGCCAAUUACAUUAUCAGAGGUUAUAUCCGUGUCCUUUAGUGUUUCCUUAACAACCCCAGAAACUUUUACCUCACGAAUAACAGAGUAAGGAGGCAUUAGGCAGGCUAUAAAGAAGUGCCCCAAAAGCCAUUUUUGGGGUAACAGUAAGCCUGUAUUGUGGUGGGGGAGGUAGGAGAAUGGGUCAUUCCAAAGUGGCAGUUAUGGCAGUUGGACCUGGGGUUGGGAAAUAAAUGCCUUGUAUGCAGAGGAGGGGUGGGGGGAAAAUGGCUCCCACAUAAAGUAGCUUGGCUAAUAAACAUGUAUCCAUGGUCAGUGCUUGAAAAACCUACUUUCUCCCCCUUUGAAAUAUUCCUCCUACAAAGGCAGAAAAAGAACAGAUGGCUGGAAGUGGAAGAAAGAAUAAUUCAAACUGGAAAUAAGAACAAAUGUUCUACAGUGAGGGUGAUCAACCAUUGGGACAAAUUCCCAAGGGAAGUGAUGGAUUUUUCCAGCUCCCGAUAUCUUCAAAACCUGUCGGGACACCUUUAUGGAAGAUGCUUUAGCCAAACAGAAGUUGUUGGGCUCCAUAUUGGGAUAAUACAUUGCAAUAUCAUGGCCCGUGUUAAGCAGAUGACAUAGAUGAUUGAGUAGUCUCUUCUGGCCUUAAUAUCUAUGAAUUUCUGAAGCCAUUUCUUGACAUUUCUGCACCUUUACCAAUGUUCCCUCUCCAUAUGGAUGUUCAGUGCAGUAGUUGGUUGUGUCAAGAUUACAAACCAGGAGAGCUUUUUAUGGAGAGGUAGACACAGCUUCAAAUUAUGCAGGAAUUCUCUGCAGUAAUUGGUGAAGAAAAUUCCCUUCUGCACAAAACUGCGUCUUAUAAUAAAAAACCUUGGAAUGAGUAAAUGCAGGUGUCACGAGUGUUCAGCACCAACAACAAAAGCACAAAUUGGUUAGGUAAAAUAUUUGUGGUAUAAUAACUAGCAGCUUUUUUGCUUAUUUUACAAUUUCAGAGUCGAAGUGAACAAGUGCAACAUAUAUAAAUUAAGUAAAUGUCAUCUCACUAAUGGUGAACCACACAUCUUAUUCAUUACACUGGAGUCCAAUCACAGAAAAAUUCUAAACUGUGACCUUCAGCUGUUUCCACGAGCGAUUUCUGUGCAUGAUGGCAAGUAAGUUGAGAGAAAACAAAAUACAUUUGGGGUGUUAUAUUAAAGUACUUUACUGUAUUUUUUCAGAUGCUUGCAUUGACUGUUCAGAAAAAGAAAAAUCUCUAGGGCAGAUAAAUCCUUCGCCUGCCCUUUCUUUAACUCCUUUCCAUGUAACUUGGAUAUAAGAUUAAUAUUAACGAUAGUGUUCCAAAUAUUGAUUAGUUCAGUAGAGAACAUCAAAGUGAUUUGAAUAAACCUUAGCACUUAUUAAAGCAAAGGUGCUGUCAUUAGAGGCACAAAACUGUUAGGGUAACAUAAAACACUGGGAUUCAUUUUGUACGUUUCCAAAAACUUGAUCAAACCGAGAGUUGGCAUUUCUGUGAUGGAAUUCUGGAAUUUAAAAGGAAAGGAAGUGGAGAUAUUCCAGCACAGAUGAAGAGUUCUCCAAGUAACUUGAAAAGUAAAGUGUACCAAGCCACACUACUACUGUGCAACUCUCCCAGCAACAUUAAAGGCUGGUUUAACUAGUUGAACUGUCAAGUAUCAGAGGGAUAGCCGUGUUAGUCUGGAUCUGUAAAAGCAGCAAAGAAUCCUGUGGCACCUUAUAGACUAACACGUUUUGCAGCAUGAG